AUCAACUCCAUCUAAAUUUCAAUCUCCAUCAAUUCAACCGAAGAAGAGAAACAUGGAAGGCUCUGCGGCAGAGUUCGAGAUGCUCAAGCUCAGAUCGACAGCAACAGAGCUUCUCCUAAAAGAAAACUGGUGCGAAUACAUCAACCUCUACUCCCGUUUCAUCUCCUCCUGCGAUUUCCCCCAAACUUCACAAAAAGAGGACGACGGCUCCCUCAAGCUCCGGCGAACUCUCUGCUCCGCGCUCUGCAACCGAGCCGAUGCUUACUUCAAGAUACGAGACCUCGACGCCGCGCUAAUGGACUGCAACCACGCUCUCAAACUCGAUCCUUUUCAUUUCAAAGCACUAGUUUGCAAGGGAAAGAUUCUCCUCGACCUCCAUUGUUACUCGCAAGCUUCGGAAUGCUUUCAACGCGCCAAGGCGCUUCCUCUAGCAGACAGUUCUCUCUCCCUGCUCUUGAAACGGUCGCAGAAGCUCGAUUCCCAGUCGAAGACGGGCUUUAUCGACCUCUCUGCUUGGGUUCUUGACGGAUUCAAUGGCGCAUGCCCGGAGCUCGCCGAGUUCGUCCGCAACGUCGAGAUACGCCGAUCGGAGUCCGGCGGAGGAAGAGGGCUCUUCGCCACAAGAAGCGUCGAGGCCGGUACUCCGCUUGUUAUAACGAAAGCUGUCGUCUUGGGGAGAGGUAUUAUGCCGAAAUCCGCCGGUGGGGAAACUGCUCGCCUGGUAAUGUGGAAAGAUUUCGUCGAUAAAAUCAUUAACGCCGUCCAAAAAUGCAGUAAAACGCGAGCUCUGCUGUAUACAUUAUCUACAGGAGAUGGGGAAGACAGCGAUUUUACAGUGCCAAAAAUCGAACUUUUUAAGCCGGAAUUCUCCAUGGAUGCAAAAAGCUUUGAGCUUGAUGUGGAGAGGAUUCUGAAAGUGUUAGAUGUAAACUGUUUAACCGAAGAAUCGGUGUCAGCUAAAGUAAUGGGGAAGAAGAAAGAAUGCUGCGGCGUAGGGCUUUGGUUUUUGCCUUCGUUUGUCAACCAUUCGUGCUGCCCAAAUGCCCGCCGGCUUCAUGUCGGCGAUACUAUGGUGCUCUACGCAUCAAGGGAUGUGAAGGAAGGGGAAGAGCUCAGCUUUGCUUACUUCAAUGUUCUGCUUCCAUUGAAUGAGCGCAGGGAGAUGGCGAAGAGAUGGGGGUUUUUUUGUAGCUGCGAAAGAUGCAACUUUGAAGAGAAGAAGGAGCUGGAGUUAGGUGAGUUAAAUGAAACGAUGGAAGAAGUGGAAGAUAGAGUGAGGAGAUGGGGGUUAAAGGGGAAGGGAAAGGGGUAUCUCAGAGCCUCGUUUUGGCCGGCUUAUCGUAACGAGUCGGAGAAGUUGAAGAGGAGGAGAGUGGGGAGUAGGAUUACAGAGGAGAUUUCGGUGGCUGGCAGCAUUUUCGAUGCAGUGGGAGGAGAUGAGAGGAUAAUGAGGAGUUUGUUGAAGAGGAUGAAGAAUGAUAGGGGGUUCGGCCAUGGAGUUGAAAUGGAAGAAAUGGAGAAGUUGAUGAGAAUGGCGAGAGGGGUUUAUGGGAAGGUCAUGAAGAGACGAGCCAUGAAAGCUUUCUUUGAGCUUGAAUUGGCGAGUACGGGCUGGUGAAUUCUUACGCUGCGAAUUGUGGUCUUUUGUUCUUUCUUACAGAUCAUUUUCUUUUUACUGAUGCUAGGGAGACAGAUUUUGUUGCAGUGUUUCUAAUUAAUUGAUUUUUAUUGGCCCUUUUGUAAUUCUGGUUUAUGAGAUAAUUAGUUUCAUUUGCUAUCUUUCAUUCAUUGUGAAGAUCAAUGACACAUUUGAAAAAUAAAAAAGGGGACAUUUACUACGAACCACUCAAUUCAUAUGUACACACAUACUGUUGAAUCAUGU